CAAGGUUCUCAAGAUAGAGAUACAACUAAUAAUUGCAGCUUAUAGCAUAGACCAAUAUAGGAACUAGGAAGCAUUUAUUUGAUUAACUACUAUUUGGUGCUGUGGAAUGGAGCUGAUAAACUUGCUGUUCUCAUUGAUCCUUUCCUUGUUAGUGUUAUCAGUUCUCUUGUUGUUGUAUCUAACUCGUUCUCCUAAAGCAUUGGAAGGAAUCCCUGGCAGCCUUGGUUGGCCAAUUGUGGGAGAGAGUUUCUCAUUCUUCUCUGACUUUUCUAGUCCCUCUGGAAUAUCUAACUUCAUGAGCAAGAGGCAAAAAAGAUAUGGAAAGGUUUUCAAGACAUUUAUACUGGGGAGGUUCACUGUCUUCAUGACUGGGAGAGAAGCAAGUAAGAUAUUGUUAACUGGCAAGGAUGGAAUUGUGACUUUGAAUCUGUUUUACACUGGCCAGCAAGUUCUGGGCCCCACCAGUUUGCUGCAAACCACUGGAGAGGCACACAAAAGGCUAAGAAGGCUGAUUGGUGAACCUUUAUCAAUUGAUGGCCUGAAAAAAUAUUUCCAUUUUAUCAAUACUCAGGCAAUGGAAACAUUGGAUCAAUGGGAACGAAGGAAAGUCCUGGUUCUUGAGGAGGCUUCCACAUUUACUCUAAAAGUGAUUGGACAUAUGAUCAUGAGUUUAGACCCUUCUGGGGAAGAACAAGAAAAGUUCAGGUCAAAUUUUAAGAUUAUUUCUUCAUCAUUUUCCUCAUUUCCAUUAAAACUUCCGGGGACAGCUUUCCAUCACGGUAUCAAGGCUCGGGAUAGGAUGUAUGAGAUGUUAGAUUCUACAAUUUCGAGAAGGAGAAGUGGCCAAGAAUUUCAACAGGAUUUCUUAGGAUCCUUAGUUAUGAAACACCGAAAAGAAGAUGGAGAAGAAGAUGAAAAUAAACUCACAGAUCAACAAUUGAAGGAUAAUAUACUAACUCUACUGGUUGCAGGCCAUGAUACCACAACUGCUGCUCUUACUUGGCUCAUCAAAUUUCUGGAUGAAAAUCCAAUUGUUUUGGAAAAAUUGAGAGAGGAACACAGACGAAUUAUUGAAAACAGAAAGAGUGGAACAAAUCUUACAUGGUCUGAAGUUAAUAACAUGUCUUACACAGCCAAAGUGAUUAGUGAAACUCUUCGUAGAGCCACAAUACUACCUUGGUUUUCAAGAAAGGCAUCCCAGGAUUUUGAAAUUGAUGGUUAUAAAGUUAGAAAAGGUUGGUCCAUCAACCUAGAUGUUGUUUCUAUCCACCAUGACCCAGAAGUUUUCUCAGAUCCUGAAAAGUUUGAUCCCUCUAGAUUUGAUGAACCCUUGAGGCCUUUCAGCUUUCUUGGAUUUGGUAGUGGACCACGUAUGUGUCCUGGAAUGAACCUUGCCAAGCUUGAAAUCAGUGUCUUCAUCCAUCACCUUAUCAACAAAUACACGUGGAGGACUCUGGAGGAAGAAAAUUCUGUUCAACCAACAGUUGUAAGGAUGCCAAAGAACAAGUAUCCUAUUAUAGUUGAGGCACUAAAGAGCAAUGAGUAAAUUACAUUGACAUCUCGUGAGGAUUCAUUAAACUUUGCUCUAUAUAUAUAUACAAGGGAUCGAGGUUGCUGAAAACAUUAAAAUAAAGAGAUUAUAUGCAGUUUCAGAAAACUUGAGGAAAUCUCUUGUAUAUGAACAUAAUAAUAUCAAACCCCCUUCGACUCUCCCACUGUCUUGAGUAUUUUGAUAACAGUCAAUUCGAUCAGAGGAGUUUCAUCAAUGGAUAGGUCCUCGCACAUGGUGCUUAAGCAUACUGAAGAGUACCUCAGACAGUGUCUGUGUUAGCAACUGUUGUUUAAUUGUGACGCUUAGACAGCGCUCGCUUAAACAAGUAUUGUAAAAAAAUUAGCCUAUAUCAGCUAUUAACCAACGCUUAUUUGUAAUUCUAUUAUUGUCAUAUUUCAAAGGACCAAGUCUAGUUAAUUAUUACCAAAUGCUACAUUACUGACGGCUAAGUUACAGUUUCAGUAAAAAAACAAAAAGAGAGGGCUAAGUUAGAUUUACACAAUUCAACUUUUUAUACUUUUUUUUUGUGAUUUCAAUUUUUUUUUAUACUUUGUUACUUGCUUAGCCUUGAAUAUUUC